GCAAUACACGUUGCCAAUAAGCACAAUGGCGACUUCAGUCAGCGUAUACAUCGAAGGAUAUUGAGGGGAGGGUUGGUACGAUUGUGCCCUUCCCAAGGAACUAAAGAGAGUGUGCUGGAUACCGGAAAGCAAAGAAGAACACUAGGAACAAUAUUGACCAACAUCUGAAGCUUUAAAACGUAAGAAAACAAGACUUUUACAAACAACGUAAUAGCCGGUAGGUGAACCGCUCGUUGAGUAAUCAGUAUUCGAGCAACACAAAUUUCGUCAUCUGUUGUAACACGUUGACGGACACAUCGCAAUAAUUACUCAAUUUUAGACACGUUGAGCAAGAGCACACUCUCUUAGUGAUAUGAGAUAGACGUUAUAAGGACAAAGGACUAUGAUUCUGACUUGUGAAUUGGAAUGACCGCACGCGCUGUAACAGUACUACGUCAACUGCCAUACUGUCUGUGAUAUAUUGAUGUUUUCAUAAUUUAAUGUAAUUUUAUUGAACAUUCCGUUGUAAUCGGCGUUCAUGUCUAAGUUUGUGUAUCAUUUCAACGUGGACAAAGAACCAGCUUUCACUCAUACGUCGUUUUGAAUCAUCCGCUUAGCCACAUCAGUUUUGCUUUGUCCAUUGUGAUACGAAAGGCCCACCUUUCUGUCUGACUCACCAAAAACAAAGAAGCAGUCGUUCUUCGGCAUUGUUGUCAAGUGAAAAUCUCAUCGUGUGGAGAGUGCAAAGUUUGUAUUAGUUUUAGGAAACACUUGGAGUCUGUCGCAUCCUUUCGCGAGAGAACGGAGUAUUUAUGAGCCUUACGGGAAGCCGGCCCAGACUUAGUAUACCGAGUCAUGGGCCACGAAAGAAAGACUAUUAUGAUAUAUCCUCCAACAUAGGAGUGCAAGGGGUUCUUAGCCCAGAUCUUCAGCCUUCACAACCCCUCUUUCCAGAGAAAUAUGCGCAAUCAAACGUUUCUAAAAUUGGAAAAUAUUUAUUAUUGGACCAAAUUGAAGGGGACAUUUAUAAAGCUGUGAAUUGGCAAACCAAGGAUGAAUAUGUUUGCAAGAUUUUCCCGAUCAAUCGAUACCGAGAGGAGCUGGAAACGUACUGGCAGGUUGAUUGCCAUCCAAAUAUUAGUAGCAUCAGCGAAAUAACCCUUGGUGAGACCAAAGCAUACGUGUUUUUUGAGCGCCAUUAUGGCGACUUACACUCGUAUGUGCGUCAGAAGAAACGUCUUAAGGAAGAGGAAGCUAGUCGAUUGUUUGAACAGAUCUCUGAUGCAGUAUAUCACUGUCACGAAAAUGGAAUUGUCUUACGAGACCUGAAACUUCGCAAAUUUGUUUUCAAAAACCCAGAAAGAACUCAGUUGCGACUGGAUGGGUUAGAGGAUGCCUGUGUGUUGGAAGAUGAGGCAGACGACAGAUUAGCAGACAAACAUGGCUGCCCAGCAUAUGUUAGCCCCGAGAUCCUACACACUAGCGACACCUACUCCGGUCGAUCGGCAGACAUCUGGAGUCUUGGUGUGAUGCUGUACACCAUGUUGGUGGGACGGUAUCCAUUCCACGAUUCUGAACCUAGCGCUUUAUUUGGGAAAAUACGACGCGGUCAGUUUACCAUCCCCCAAAUGUUAUCAUCAAAAGCGAAAUGUCUGAUAAAAAGUCUGCUGCGGCGUGAACCAACGGAGCGUCUUACAGCUGGGGAAGUGUUGCAGCACCCUUGGGUGCAAGGUACCCUUCCGAUAGGGUUUAUGACCAUAGUAGACCACAAGAACCUUGACCAGGCAGUUCCAAAUGUUAUCAUACAUGAACCGGAGGAAGACUUAUUUUUAUGAGGUGCGACAGUUUCUGCAGAAAACUGUAAAGUUGUCUAGCUUCAUUAAAGAUUUUUAGGAAAAAAAUAUAUCUAUAAAAUUUACUGGUCCCAACUUGCAAAGAGCACUGCAGUGGAGACACAAUCAGGACAUUCUGUAUCGAGAGGAAAACUGAAAAUCAAUAGGAACGUAUGGAAAAAGCAGAUAAAUAUACAAUCGUAGAAUCGCUAGGAAAGGGAACUGAAUCUGCUCUGCUGUUGAUUGAAACCUGCAUGGUCCCAUCGUCUGGCAUUGUGCAUCCAGAGAAUUCUAUAAUCUUCACCUGUUCAGCAGAGUAUACGGGUAAAAUAUUGUCAUUAGUGAUAGCUGACAAACAGUUGUGUUAAGCGGAGCGAUUGACUUGUAAACUGGCGGUUUUAAUCUGCUGGUGGACCUGAUAGGGACAUCAAAUGAAUGUGUGGACACAUAUUUUUAUCAAUUAUCAUAUCGGUGUGGACUAGUGUUGUUCAAGGCAGCUGCAAUAUCGGACAGCAUCUGUUGUGGGUUCUUCUCCAAGUAUACGGCCAGUCAUUAAAGUUCCCGCAGAGGAGAAACGAUAAAAAAAAAAAUUGUAAAAAAAAACUAUGAAAAAUGAAAAAAAAAGGAAACAUUUCUUUUCUCUCUUUCCGUGAGAUGUGCCAAGCACUAUAUGUUAGUUGUAUUUGAAGGUGUUAUAAGAGUGUGUGAAAAUGGCCAUUUAGGACAGAAUAUUGUUUUUUUUUUAAUAUGACGAAUCACUACCAUUGUGUGUGAAUGUGACUUUGUUUGAUUUCAUAAAGAGUGAAUAUGUGUUGUUUAAAUGUGUAUAUUUGUGUUUACAAGUGUCUGAUUACAUUCAGAUAUAACUUAUUUUCACUAUUCUAGCACAAACAAUGCGAGCUUUGGUAUUUCUUAAGUGAAGCCAGGGGACCUUUAAUGAUACUUAUCAAUUACAUUAUAUUUUAAUGAGAGCAAGUGCUACAGUCAUACUUGUGACUUUUAUGAUUUUACAAACAUCAGUUAUAAAUUAGAUGUAUGCAACAAAUACGAAUUCAAUAUCAAUGUUAGAGUACUUCAUUGGAGCAUUUAAAUUUGCUGUUAGAACAUAAGAAAGUGUUUGUUGGAAAUAUAAAUAAUCUUAUUUAUUCCACGAUUAUUUUUGAUAUCCCAGUGUUAAGAUGAGAUGUAAUUAGAUAGGGCAAACUAUUUAUUUGAGUGUGAACUUCGUGUUGUGACAGUACCGUACACGUUCUCUGUUGACCAUUAUUUCCCCAUCUCUUUAUGUCAUAGAUAGCAGUAUUUAACAUCGUGUGAAUGGAAAAGGUAUGACUGAAAAUAUAUAUCGUAAGAUUGUAAGAUAUUCUGUCUUUAAUUUAAAACAUCCGAUGGGUUAUAACCAGUGAAAUGUUUGUUACUUAUUUUCCAAGUAUUUUACGUUGAUAGAGAGCACAUGACCUUGCUGAACUGUAAAAACAAUUGGCAAGUGUUAUGGUUUGUUUUCGAAAUAAAAACUUGAAAAACUUAAAAA